UCCUUUCGAUCACAACGGUUAGAUUUUAACUUAAAUGUUAAAAUGUAAGUUUAACAAAACUUCUCGAAUUAUCUAGAAGUACCGAGUAAAGAUGAAGCUCAGGACGUACUACAACCCCAACCCACAAAGUUCGGGACUGAUUGAAGAUCUGACCACACCGUGGCCCUUACCUAGCACCUUCGUUAUUAACGAAACUCAUUUCAAACUCCUAAGAGAUGACUCAGUACAAGGCUCGUUUGACAACCCCUUCAGUUCAGAGAGCACCACAUGCUCCAGCAGCCCCAUACCCUCAGUCAACGACACUACCAGUACUCCGCGGUUAGAGAGAAACUGCAGCUACUUCAAGUCUCUUCUUCUUCUCUCCCAGCGGGAGAAGAACUGUGUUGUCAAGUUAGAUAACGGCCACCACGAGAAGUCGGCCUCUCAUUCUCAGGAAGUUAGCAGCGGUAACAGAUAUGUGAGAUACAACAGAGACAGGACAAUCUGUUGGAGACAAAGCAAACAACCCUUCUUCGGUAUUGAGCGAAUACCUGUUACACCAGUAUCACCUCUCCAGAAACACUGUCCUUGGAACGAUCUGUCCAGAGAGGUCCCUGCGCCCAGACAAGACCCCAGUCACUCUCCUGAACCCCUAACAUCCCGACACAUCGAUCAAGUCAAGCUUAAAGUUAACCCUCUCGACAGAAAUGGAUCCUCAGCUCUCAAAUCUUCCUCUAAAAAACUGGAAACACCCUACAAAUCACCGAACAAGUCCUCGGAAUCUCCGUUUGGGUUCCCUAACAAAAAGAGAACUUCGUCCGUCAUGAACAUACAAUUCGACCCCAAACCAUCUCCUCUCCGAUUGAUGCGAUAGUAUCCAACAGUCUUAAUUUCUCGUUCGAAAUGGCUGUUUACUCGCUGUUGAAUUGUUAGUUUAUUUUGUAAUUAUUGUCAAGUAAAAACGCUUGGAUUGAAAGUUAUGGACUCCAUAUUAUUUCUUUACGAUAUUUUUGCUCAGUAUGACAGCUUUAAAUUGAGUUCCCACUUAUAAACUAGAUAACCUUUAUAAUAUGCAGUAUGCACGAAAUUGCCAAGUUGAACAUAUAUUUCAACAUUAUGAGUUACUGUUGAGGUUUCAAGAGCCCAAAAAAUAAAUACAGAAAUUUUUGACGAAUUAGUUGCUGCUAGGAAGGUAACUGUUAAUUUAAAAUCAAUUCUUUUCAUUACUUUUUCAUGUGAUAUUUCAGUAUUUAUUUACAAAGUAAUUUAUGUAAGUAUCUCAAUUAUUAUUAAUAGUUUGUUUUUGGUUA